AUGGAGCCCCCUCGGCGCCGGCGCCACACCGACGACGAGCCGCUGCCUCUCCCCUCGGCCGUCUCCCUGUUCUUCGUCUCAUCCGACUUGGCUUUUCCUCAAGCCUCAUGCGCGCCUGCGUCCUCUUCGGGUUCUGCAGGGUCUUCCCUCGUCGCGUCUGGCGGGGGUUCUGAGGCCCUCACGGGGCCUUCGAAGCCGCUCCCGCUCGAGCGCCGAACGCCUCUCGCCUCGCGUCCGUCGCCGCGCUCGAGCGCCUCCUCCACGGGCCCCAGAGGCGCCCACGCACCCCCGCCCCUUCGCGCGGCUGCAGUGUGUGCGGAGGCGUCCGGAAAGCGGAGCUCGAGGCGGCUCUCUUCUUCUUCGGCACAGAGGGAGGCUGCCCGCGCCGACGAGAACGAACGCCCGUUGGCUUCGACUCGCCCGAGGAGACGUCGGUCCAGCGGCACCGCGAGUGACGCCGGCCGGGGGAAGAGAAGCAGGGAGCACGAAGAAACUGGGGGGCAGAGUGGCGCGCAGCUUCCCUCCCUCGCGUCGCGCAUACCCGCUACCCUAGGUGCGGACGAGGGCGCGCCCUUCUCGCCCGCCAGUCAGCCUUCUUCUGCCGCUUUGGCGUCCGCGUCUGCGCAGCCGGCGCUCGCGCCGGCUGCAUCGCUGCCGGUGAGGCCUCUGUCUCGUCGAUCCCAGGGAGGCUCGCCGCCGUCAGACCCGAGCUCUCCACGCGCGUCUUCUGAAGAGGAGGCGAAGGAUCUUGCGGCGACGCCGGAAGGAAGCGGUCCAAACAUUCCGCUCGCGUCUUCGCGGUCUCCUUCUGCUUCCGCCGCGUCUUCUCCGCGGGGGACGUCGUCGCCGCUCUCUCGUCGGCUCUCUCUCUCGCCGCGCUACUCAAACUUCUCCGCGGCGUCGCCCCUGCUGCGCCGCGGCCGCCGAGGCGUCAAGGUCUCUCUCGCGGCUGACAGCGCAAGCGACCUCGAUCUCCCUGCCUCGUUCUUGCUGGCGCCGGCUUCGACAGAAGAGAAGAAAAGAUGCGAACCCGUUAGCUUGGCCGCGCUAGAGAGGAGAGACCCCGCGCCGGGCGGCAGGAGGGUAGACUGGAUCUCCCCGCCCUCGUCUUCGCCCCCCUCCGCGCCUGCCGUGGGCGCUUCAGCUUCCUCUUCGUCCUCAAAAUCGAGUCUCCGCGUCGACAGAUGCGCCACCUGCGGGUGCGCCGUCUUCGUGUCCCCCGCGCCUUCGGCAGCCGACGCCGAAGAGAGUUCCCAGGGUCUCCUCCCGCGGGCGCCGACCGCGCGCAGAGCGCCGGAAGCUUCAGAUGGCGCAGGCCACGCAGGCGACCAGUAUCUCAGUGAAGACUUCGAUCAGGAGACGGCGAGGCUGGUGACCCAACCGAGGCCGGGCGCGUGGGGGGAGACGCAAGAGAGUGACACCGCGGGAAAUGAGUCGAGGACGGCUCUGGCCUCUCGUCGCCGCCUCAAAUCCGCGCAAGAGGCAAAGCAGAACGACCGCCGGCCUCAGUGCACCGCGUGCCGCAGUCGAGUGUACAUCCAGGCCUUUUUCGACGACCUGCGCAGCCUCGCCUCGGGAUUCCACUCGAGUCUGCGUUCGCUGACGCGCGCUGUGGCGCUGUCGCCGCAGGCGGCAUCGCUUCGUGCGGGGGGAGAAGGCAGAAGAAAGCGGCGUCUCUCUGUGGAGCGGGGCUCUGGUCUGAGCGCGAAAAACGCGCUGUCUGCCGGGUCCGCCUCUUCUCACGCCGGGCCGGCGUUGAGUUCCACGGGGGCCUGCUCCUGCGGCGUCUGCGCCUCGUUCCUCGUCGCGUCCGCAGAGCGUGAGGCUUUUAGAGACGAAGGGCGCUCGCAGGCCCGGAGCGAGGCAGGAAGAAGGGAGGGUGUGAGCGAGUCCUUUGCAGACGAGGCAUGCGAGGAGGGCGGCGCCGCGGCGGGCGGAGCCUGCGAGGGCUCUGAGGGCACGCAGCGCCCGAAUCCCCCUCCCCAGGCGCAGUCCCUGGCGUGUCUCCUUCGAGCUGCGCGGCGGCAUUGUGGGGCCCUCGAAGACCGGUUGGGAAGACUCCCAGGGGGGGCGGCUGCGACGCACGCUGGACUGAGGGAGGAGGCACACAACAGAGGGGUGAGCGGCGAGGAGAAGAGAGAUCUCAGCGUCAACGACCAGGUGUCCGCGCAGAGUCUCCGCCGCGUCCUCGAGGCCCUACACCAGGUGAACGAACUGAAAUUGGAGAGGCUGGUGCAAAGCAUCGCCGGGAAAGGCGGAAACCUGGCGCUUGCUCUCGGAGACAGACUCGAAGACCUUUCCACGCCUCUGCCGGGGUUUCACACAUCGGUGGCGCUUCUUCUGGGUUCGUCUGCGCGCGCGCCUGUCGCGUCUCUCGCGCCGAAGAAUGCAGCACGAGGGGGGCACGCAGAGGAGGCGCGCUGUGUGUCUGUGCCUGGGGGGGCGGAUGCCUGGAAUGCCUCGUCCGCGCCAUCGUUUCCUUCGGGCUCUGCGAAGAGUGCGAGUUCGGCUGACUGUCGCUUCGGUCCUGGAGGCAUUGGAGGCACCGAUGCCGUCCUCUCCCUGCGCGCAGGCUCUUUGCCCACCCCAGCAGCUUCUGGCGCACGACGGAGGAAGAGGCCUGGAGAGCCUUCCUCUCUGGCUGGCUGGCUGUCGUCGCCCAGAAACCUCGGUUCGACCUUUUUGUCUGCCUCCCUCGGCAGCGUCGCUUCCUCUGCGCCCCUCCAAGGCCUGAACGCCGCAGGAGGAGAACUUGCUGCUGCUGGCGAGCCCGCUGCCGACGUCUCCCCCUCCUCGCUAGCGUUUCUUCAGCCGAGGCCUGCGUCCCUUCUGGGCUCUUCCCCGCUCGCUUCUGGUGCGCCGCGUGCCUUUUCUACAUGCCUCGACGGAGCGCGAGGGCUUCCGCCCUGCGGAGGCGCAGAGGCGCCGGCAGGCCCGCGAGGCGACGCGGGAGACGCGCUGGUGAGCGCACCUGCGCCGCCGAGCGACGGCCAGGAGAGAAGGAAGAAGAGGGCUUCAGCCACGAGUCAGUCUCCAGGGACGCGCCUCAAGAGCCUCGGCUUAUCUGCGGAGACGCUUCGCAUGCUGGGGCCCCUGUCGAAACAGAAAACAAAUGCGGGCGCCCCAGGCUGCGAAUGA